UUCUCCUUUCAUCAGAAAAAUGAGCGGUGGGUUGGCACCCAGCAAAAGCACCGUGUAUGUGUCAAAUUUGCCCUUUGCUCUGACGAACAACGAUCUGUACAGGAUCUUUUCAAAAUAUGGGAAAGUUGUCAAAGUUACUAUUAUGAAAGACAAAGACACCAGGAAGAGUAAAGGAGUUGCCUUUAUUUUAUUUUUGGAUAAAGAAUCUGCGCAAAACUGUUCUCGAGCACUCAAUAACAAGCAGCUAUUUGGAAGAGUAAUAAAGGCAAGUAUUGCCAUUGAUAAUGGAAGAGCAGCAGAAUUCAUUCGCCGGCGAAACUACUUUGAUAAGUCUAAAUGUUAUGAAUGUGGGGAAGCAGGGCACUUAAGUUAUGCUUGUCCUAAAAAUAUGCUAGGAGAGCGGGAGCCACCAAAGAAAAAAGAAAAGAAGAAGAGAAAGAAAGUAGUUGAACCAGAAGAAAUUGAGGAGGAAGAAGAAAGUGAAGAAGAAGGUGAAGACCCUGCGCUAGAUAGCCUCAGCCAGGCCAUAGCUGUUCAGCAAGCCAAAAUUGAGGAAGAGGAACAAAGAUGGACACAGACCGCAGGGGAGCUGUCGAUUUCAGAUGAUUCAAAACGUCCACGGAUUAAGAAAAGCACUUAUUUCAGUGAUGAGGAAGAACUUAGUGAUUGAAAUAAUGCUGUUUUUAUACACCUACAUGUAUAUAAUGUACAUUUUGUAAAGU